GCUGGGAAUUGAACUCAGGACCUCUGGAAGAGCAACCAGUGCUCUUAACAACUGAGCCAUCUCUCCAUUUCUUACUCUUUAGUGGUGUUUUGUUUUUUGUUUUUUGUUUUUCCUUUCUCAGAAACAGUUUGUGUGACUUCUCUAGCAAUUUUGUAACUAAGCCUUAGCUUUCAUGACAGAAGUUAGCUUGAGGGGGACAUCACAGUGUGAAAUGUGGUGCUGUGAGCUGGUGUCCCAUGGGCUGCCUAGGCGAUCAGGGCCUGCUCUUCCCUUAGAGUGGUAGGGGUACAGAGGUUUCCUGGGGCCAGCAAGAUAGCUCAGUGUGUAAGGGCAUUUGCCAAGCAAGGUGCCCUGAGUUUAGUCCCAUGAUGGAAGAGAAAAUGGACUCCCAGAAUAGGGACAUGAUCUUUCAGAAGAAGCCACCUUCUUCAGUUUGUUUUGGGUGUGAACUUUCCUUGGAUCGUAGUGGUCUCUAGUGGACUGAGAUGGGUUUUUCAGGUCUGUCUGGCUAGGAGGGGUUUGUGCAUUUGUCCCCACAAUUCUGAAUCUAGGACCCAUGAAGAGCCGAGAGGUGGCCCAGCACUUUGUCACUGUCUUGGGGAUGGGGUGGACUCUCAGCUGGUCAAGUACAGGUCUCUGAGAUGGUAACGGUAACCUAAGCAAAAAAGGCAUCUCACACUUGGUACAUCUCUAUCCUCAUGCACUCUUAAUUUAAAAAAAAGUGUCUGGGGGAGGGGCACAAGUGUGCUACAGCCUGAGUGUGAAGGUGAGUGUGUUCUCGCCUUUCACCGUUAUGUGGAUUCCAGGGAUGGCGCUCAGGUUAUCGGGUCUGUAUAGCAAGUGCUUCACCCAUUGAGAUACCUCACUGACCCUAUAAACAUGGAGAUUCUGUUUCUGUUGUUGAGACAGGGAUCACUGUGUAGCCCUGGCUGGCCUGUAGACCAGGCUGGCCUUGAACUCACAGAGAUUCACCUAUCUCUGCCUCCCGAGUGUUGGCCAUUCCUUUUUUGGAUCAAAAUAAUAAGCACCACCAAUCUUAGAAUAAAAUGUUUAUUUUCAAGUGCUGCGAUUAAAGGUGUGUGCCAACGUUCAUGGCCUGUGUGGGCACAUGCGUGUGCUAUGGUGUGCUAUGGUAUGCUAUGAUAUGCAUACUCAUGACAAUUUGAAAGAAUCUGCUCUCUCUCCCACCAUGCUGGUCCCAGGGGAUUGACAGGCCAUCAGGAUUGGUGACAGACUUACCUGCUAAACCAUCUCACUGGCCUAAUUUUAAAAAUAACAUACGGUUUGCUAACAUGGGGAGUUUGGAAAGCCCUAGACCACCAACUAUGCUAGGGCCAUUGUCACUGGGAUGCAGAUGUCAGUGCUCAGUGUCACUGGGAUGCAGACGGCCCUUGGUUCUCCCAUGUUUCUGCAUCAGUAUCUAUACUUCAGUGAGUUGAAGGUCUGUCUGGCUGAAGAACCAGUGUUUGGCCCUGGCAGAGGGUAGGUAGUGCUGGGACAAGCUCUUGGUUCAUCCUUGUGACUGGGUGAAACACUGCUGCUGUCCUCUGCCCCGAGUCUUCGCUGCACUAAGUUUCUUUUGCUUAUAGCAGCAGAUUCGGACAUACUUCGUUUUUGGUGCUGGGGACAGAACCCAGAGCCUCACACAUGACAAGCACGCGCUAUGCUGAGUUGCAGCCCAGCCCUCAGCCUCGCUUUCAUGUGGGUCGGAUCCCACAUUUUAAGCUUUUUACCCCAGCCUAAUUUCCUAUUCUGUUAAAUCGCUUGGCUUUGUUCUAAUGGCUUCCUGCUUGCUGUAGGCACAAUUGCAAGGAAGCAAAACUUCCUCACAGCAAGUACGCUGGAGUUCUAAAAUAAGAGCAGAUUCACUCUCAGCCCAGGAAAAGUCCUGAGUCUUUAAUUAAGGGGCUAAAUCCAACCUCACAAAUGUUUUUGUGAGAACUGAUUGCUCCAGCUUGUGCGUCACGGCAUGAGUGUGGAGAGGCUUGCAAGUUUUUAAUGGAUGUGUGCAGACCCCAAAACAGCUGGCCCUGGAGCUUAAAAUACCAAGGCUCCAAAGGAAGACCCUCAUUCGCAGAGUGCUGACUUGAGGACUGCCAAAGAGGAUGGGUGGCUACAGUGCCAGAGACAAGUGGCUGUCAGCCUUCGGGCUGCUGCUGCUGCUGCUCUGGGGAACCGCAGCCUCCACCAUUCCCCUGGGGAGUGGUCCCACUGGCCAGGACAGCGUGGUGAGUACAGAUGCUUCCAAAGGCAAGGGAAAUGGCCUCCUGACUCUCCUCACUUGGUGGCAUGAGUGGACCUCCCAAGCCAGCUCCAGCGCCCUGGUUGGAGCAGAUGCCAGCAAGGUGUCUAAGCGGCAGGAAAGCCCACCUCUCCAGCAGCCCCCGCGCCAAGAUAAAAAGCCCUGCAAGAACUUCUUCUGGAAAACCUUCUCCUCUUGCAAAUAACCCCACCUUGGCCACCCUGUGAAAUGCAACCACAGUCUGAAUAAAGAAUGUCAGGCAGCAUG